CACCGAAAUUUCAACCUGACAUGAGCACACAUCAGAACGCACCUCAAUCUCAUCCUGAUAUAAGCAUGUAUCAGAACGCACCUCAGUUUCAUCCUGAUAUAAGCACACAUCAGAAUAUUGCUACAGAUUUCACACGAUUUCUUCUAAAGAAAGAUUUGCUGUUAUCAAGAUUAACUACGUACAGUGAUAAACCUGAAAUGUAUGCGGUAUGGAAGGCUAGUUUCAAAAACAUAUUAAGUGAACUUUCCGUUACAGCGAUGGAAGAGUUGGAUCUUAUGGUGAAAUGGUUAGGUCCUGAAUCUACACGGCAUGCAAACAGUAUUAGAGCAUCAAAUAUUCAUGAUCCAAUGAAAGGAUUACAACGUUUAUGGGAACGCUUAGAUGAACGUUACGGUUCUCCAGAGUCAGUUGAAGCCUCAUUAAUUGCCAAAUUAAACAAUUUUCCGAAAUUAACACAUAAAGACAACAAAGAACUGUACGAGUUAGUAGACAUUCUUUCUGAAAUUGAAUCCAUUAAGGAAGAUUCCAAGUAUUAUUCACUUUUAGCGUAUUUUGACUCCUCGUCAGGAGUUCUCCCUAUAUUGAAUAAACUUCCAUACAACAUUCAAGAAAAAUGGACAAAUAAAGCAUCUCAAUACAAAAGAGAAAAACAAGUAACCUUUCCACCAUUUACAUUUUUUGUGAAGUUUAUUCGUGAAUUAAGCCAAAUAAGAAACGACCCUAGUUUUGCGUAUGACCAGACAAAUCAACCUAAAAACUCAAACACAACUGCCAAAUCACCAGCAUACAUGUAUAAGACAGCUAUUUCAGUUCACAAAACCGAAGUUUCUAGUAGUGACCUUGACUUACAAAAACAAUGUCUUUUGCAUAAUACAGGACACUCAUUAAACGAGUGUAGAGGAUUCAAAGCAAAACCUUUCCAAACACGUAUGAAGUUUAUCAAUGAUAAUAGAAUUUGUUACGGUUGUUGUGAAUCGACAAAACAUGUAAAACGAACAUGUACUAACGCAAUUAGUUGUAAUGAAUGUGGCAGUGACCGCCACCCUGGAGCAUUACAUAUUAAUCGCUCUAACACGUCUAACGACUCUAUAGAUCAGAAUAAUAAUGAAUCAAGUUUGCCUGUUCACGGCGGGGAGGAAGAAGUAGAAACUAAGUGCACAGAAAUUUGUGGGACAUCAUUUCAUAGUAGAUCAUGCGCAAAAAUAUUGCCAGUGAGAGUUUUUAGACAUGGACAAUAUGAGAACUUGAAACUGUACGUUAUAUUCGACGACCAGAGUAAUCACUCAUUGGCAUCACCAUUAUUUUUUGACACUUUUGGAGUGCAUGGUACAUCAGAAGAAUAUGUGUUAUCUUCCUGCUCAGGUCGAGUGAAAAUGUCAGGACGUAGGGCAAGUGGAUUUGUAGUUGAAUCAUUAGAUGGACAAGUUCAGUUGGAAUUACCCACAGUAAUAGAAUGUGGUAAUCUUCCACAUAAUAGAGAGGAAAUACCCACACCAGAUAUUGCUAUCAAACAUGACUAUUUGAAAAAGAUGGCAGAUCACUUGUCUCCACUGGACCCAGAUUGUGAAAUUAUGCUUCUCAUUGGAAGGGACAUGACAGAAGCACAUCAUGUUUUAGAACAAAUUAUUGGACCUCGUAAUGCUCCGUUCGCACAAAAACUGCCUCUAGGCUGGGUAGUUAUAGGAAACAUGUGCUUAGACAGAAUAAAUACUCCUGAUGAUGUUAAUGCAUAUCUGACACAUAUUGCACCAGAUUGUCAAGCUUCGAUCCUUCAACCAUGUGCUUACAAUCAUGACGAUCAUGAGUCUUUUGGCUGCUGUAUCGAUAACUUUGGAGUCUCUCAUACGAAAGACAAUACACAUAAAAGUGCAAUUUUCGAACGCACUGUACAAGAUGACAAAUCUAUUAUCUAUAGAAGGUAGACAAUUUUCGACAUUAAAGAAAACUGAUCUUCAGAAGGACAAAGAGGGUAACUGGUGUUCACCUUUAUCUUCCCGCACUCCGAGAAGACGUAUCCCAAACAACAGAGCAAUGGUUUUGCAUCGUGCUGAGUCAUUUGAGAAAAGUUUUCAGAAAGAUCCAUUAAAACAAGAACACAUAGUUACAUUCAUGCAGAAAGAGUUUCACUAUCGACAAGAAUGGGAAACACGCCAAAAUUCUUUGACACCACUUCAAAAUGUGAAGAUCCGUAGACUGUUUGUCGGUACGUCAAUUUCAAUUCGAGAUGCUUCAAAAGCUGAAUUACAUAAAUUUUACGAUGUAUCUGAGCAAGCAAUUGCAGCAGUGGCCACUUUAAUCGGUUCUGAUGGUAUUUUCCGUAAAGUCCGUGUGCGUGUUAUCCGGGAAGGAAAACCAGUUGUUUAUACACGUUCAGUGACAGAACUUGUACUUUUAUUCUCAGAAUAGUGAUAUUAUUAUGAAAAUUAAAUAUGAUUGAUAUUUGUGACAUUAGUAAAUAGUUUGACACCUUUUUGUCAAUAAAGUUUAGUAUUGAUAUUUGGUACUUGAAGUCAGAGACACUAGGUACAUUUUCAUAUUGUCUGAUAAUGUAAGAUUGAUAUUUUGUUUUUUCAAUUUUUAUGAGGUAGUGAUAUUGUAAUAUAUCAGACGGGGAGUGUUCUGAAUCCAAAUCCGGAAUUGUGGUUACCAUUUUUGACUCUAAUUUUUGAAUCAUCACUUUACUUCCUGCUUGUUUUGAAAACAACUUGAGAUACACUUUACAUGUUAUUUCCUUACUGUCUCGUAACGUGUUUUUACCUUAUACUAGAAUGAUGCACUACGCACCCAUUUGAUGUCUUGUCGGUGCCUUAUAUGAAUAAAGUUGUGCAAAUAAAA